AUGGCAUCCUCAUCUAGCUUUGAUGUGGACGCAAUCAUAAGUCAGCUGUUGGCUGCGAAGAAUCUCCGGCCCGGCAAAGAAGUGCCACUUUCCAAGAAAUCCAUCAAAGACUUGCUGGACUGUGUGAGACCCGUCUUGCUGGAGCAGCCCACUUUACUGGAGCUUGAAGCCCCGGUCACUAUCUGCGGUGAUAUACACGGUCAGUUUUACGAUCUGCUUCAUUUGUUUGAAAUCGGCGGUUUCCCACCGGACACCAAUUAUCUUUUCCUUGGUGACUACGUGGACCGGGGGCACAACUCCAUGGAAGUUAUUUGUCUUCUGUUUGCAUACAAGGUGAAAUAUCCAGUUAAUUUCUUCCUUAUUCGCGGGAAUCAUGAAACUGGAAGUGUUAACGCACAUUAUGGAUUUCUUCAAGAGUGUGUUAGGAGGUACAGCCGGGCUUUGUGGCAGCAAUUUAACGAUGUGUUCGACUGUUUGCCCCUAGCUGCAGUCGUGGGUGACAAGAUAUUUUGCUGCCACGGUGGUUUGAGUCCUGAACUGAUGAAUCUCAGCCAAAUCCGACGAAUAGCUCGUCCUGCCGACAUCCCAGACCACGGCCUCGUUUCGGAUCUGGUCUGGGCCGAUCCUGAUCCUGACCCGAAAGCGAAAGGGUGGCACUUCAACGAAGCUCGAGGGACUUCCUACACAUUCGGGCCCGACACAGUACAGCAGUUUCUGGAGAAAAACGACUUGGACAUUGUCUGUAGAGCACAUGAUGUCACGCAAGAUGGCUACAAAUUCUUCGGCAAGCGUCAACUGGUUACCGUGUUUUCGGCACCGAAUUACGCCGGAGUCUACGACAACAGUGGAGCUAUUAUGACCGUCAAUGAGGAUUUGGAAUGCGCAUUUAAAAUUCUGAAACCGCUAAAUUAUAAACCCAUGUACAGAUACGAUCACGGUGUGGGAAGCAGAAGAGUGCUGCAGAAAUCAAUUAGCGAUACUGCAGUUAAUUUGCUGGACAAGGAAGGGGUUCCACAGACUCGCCGAGAAAUGUCUAUCCGGGAUAAACAUCUGAAGCCAGUAGCUAAGUCUCGGGCGAAGAGCACCUCAGACUAA